AUGGGGCCAAAAAAGUGCGACUCCGUGCCUAUAGUCAAGAAGGAACUGGUUCCGCUCGAGUCCAAGAGCAAACUACUCUCGGUACCGCACAGGGCGGUUGAAGAGGCCCUUCCCAGGCUUGCGGUCGUCGAUCGCAAUCAUGUCCAAGCUUCAAAUACAGAGCAAAAGAUCCUCGAGAUCCUGCGAAGGAGUCUGCGGCCUUUCUCCGACCGCCUCGACCCUUUUGCGGCGCUGCCAAUCAGUCUUGAUCGAUUUCAGGAACAUCUGGUUUCCUUCUACCUGUUGUACUAUCCCAAGGUCACAUAUGGAUUUAGCCCACGACUACAGCCGCAUCCAGUUGCCAGUAACUUUUCCAUUGCAUUGACCACUCCAGCUUGUUUUCAGGUUGCCCUGGCCCGGUCAGCCUCCUACCGGCUCUCCCUCAAUAAAUAUGCCUCCGACCCAGAAAAGAAAUCACUGGAGCUGGCAGUAGUGCGUCACAAAGGUGAGGCUUUGAAGCUGGUCCGAUCUCUGAGCGUUAAGUCCAACCCGAAGCGGAAGGAUGAUUUGCUGGCAUCCAUGAUCAGCUUGGGAACAUUCGACAGGCGUACCGGGUCCAAAGAGGCAUCUGGAAUGCACUAUGCAGCGGUUCGGAAGAUCUUGAAGUCGACUGGGGGGCCGCUCGCUGUCAAGUCCGUACUGUUGUCGAGGGUGAUGUGUUUCUUUGAAUGCAUCUAUGGGACUAGCCCGGAGAGUUACAUCUGGGAUGAGACAGAUCUCCCCAGGCUUUUGACGGAUCUCAACCGGUUCUUGGGCAAGCUGAGGGAGCUCUGGCAAUCCUUGUCAACGAUCAGAGCAUUGACGAAUCGUCCAUUGGUCUCUCACCAGUCGGCCCCUAUCCAUUCGUUCUGCCUGCAGCCAGACUCAACCCUUUUGUCCUUGGUGGGGAGGCAGCCACCUCCCGGGGCAGAGAUUACACAACAGCGGCGGUUAGAGAUGGUCUUCCAAUUGACAUGUCUGCUUACUCUAGCAAUGAUAACCUUGGACUAUGCCGAUGACUUUCGAUCGCUACAACAGUACAUGGACAAUCUCCACCAAACCAUGCACGAUCUCCAGCUGGCAGGACAGAGCUGCAAUAAUGCAAUGUGGCAGAUUCAAGUCAACGAUCAUAGUGAACCUCACAGCCGACGGAUCUGGCGUGCUGCAAGUUAUGCUUGGGUUUUAAAGCACGUCUCCUAUAACGUCCAAGUCACCUUGAAGGACUGGCUCUUGGGCUUUUUCACGGGAAAGCCCGUUGGGAAAGCGUACCGAUUGGACAACUUUCACUUUAGCUAUGCUAGUUGA